AUGUUUCCAUGCUUAACAAUCGAGCAAGUUCGACUUUUGCUAAGGGAAGCAAAUGGAAACGUGAAUGAUACGGCUGAAAUGGCAUUCGAUUUGUUAAACGAUACACCCAGUACAUCAAGUUCUUCACCACUGGAACAAUCCAUAAUUAGAGAAGCAAUCCGAAACGGAGCAAUGAGUGAAAGUUGUUCAAAUGGGAAGCAUUCGAUGGCAAUGGGACGGAAGUGA